CAUUGGACCACCGCGGGAGUACCUGGGUUGCUUAGAAAUUAAGUUUGGAGCAGCUUGGGUGGGAACAGAAAAAGAGAUAAGACCCAGAGAAUCAGCUGUCACUGCCUGAGAGAGAAAAGCAAGCUCUCUUUCUGGGGACACCGGAUUCAAGAAACACCGUCGCACAUCCCUCAACUCCGUCAUCCCUCCGACGCUAUCUCCAUUCCCCGAGCCUCCAGCCCCAGCCCAUUCCAAGGUCCCCCCCGGGCUGCUUCCGAGGCGAGAGGGCUGCGCAGCGGUCCGCGCCAAAACGAUCCAAGGCAGGAAUCCGGGGUCCCCACCCUUGUGUGGAUCGAGUACCUUGCGAUGUCGCUACCCUGGUCCCAAACCAGAGACCAGGUGUGGGACGGGGGAGGAGCGAGGCAGGAGGACGCCGCCUCUGCGCUGAAGGACACGGGGUCACACUGGUGCUACCAGAAUCAAGUCAAGCCCUCCAACUACACCUGCUUGGGGCCGGACCAGUGGGGCGAUAGCUGCCAGAAUAACCGCCAGUCUCCCAUCAACAUCGUCACUGCCAAGACACUGCUGGACCCAAACCUGGGACCCUUCUCCUUCUCCGGCUACGACAAGAAGCAAAAGUGGGCCGUGCAAAACAAUGGCCACUCAGUGAUGGUGUUGCUGGGGGACGAGGCCUCGAUUGCUGGAGGAGGACUGACCGCCCGGUACCGGGCCAAGCAGCUGCACCUACACUGGUCCAAGGUGAUGGAUCGGGGCUCAGAGCAUAGCUUCGACGGGGAUCGCUUUGCCAUGGAGAUACACAUGGUACAUGAGAAAGAAAAGGGGACAUCGAGGAACACGAACAAGAACCAGGACCCCAAAGAUGAGAUCGCAGUGCUGGCCUUCAUGGUGGAGGCCGGAUCCGAGAAUGUUAACUUCCAGCCCCUGGUGCAGGCGCUGUCUGACAUCCCCAGUCCCAAUAUGAACACCACGCUGAAAGACAACAUCAGCCUCUUCGACCUGCUCCCCAAGAAGGAGAAACUGAGGCACUACUUCCGCUACCUGGGCUCGCUCACCACACCAGGCUGCGAUGAGAAGGUGGUCUGGACCGUGUUCCGGGAGCCCAUUCAGCUCCACAAGGACCAGAUCCUGGCAUUCUCUCAGAAGCUGUAUUAUGACAACGAGAAGAAGCUGCAAAUGACAGACAAUGUCAGGCCCCUGCAGCCCCGGGGGAAGCGCCAGGUUUUCAGGUCCCAGGCCCCGGGACGGCUGCUGCCCUUGCCGCUGCCCACCCUGCUGACCCUCGCGCUCACCUGCCUGACAGCAGGCUUCCUCCGAUGACGACUCAUGUUUGCACGCUUGACCUCUGGUCUCAGCCCUUAAGAGGGCUUGAGCCUCUGUUCCUCAGGCUUCCCGGGUUGGACUUUGGUGAUGAUUAAAAUAUGGACAUGUUUUUGGAGAAA